AGUAGGUCACGUGACCAGCAUGGUCACCCUCGUCAGUCGUUUCAAAGUUUUCUUUUUAGUUAGCAAAAAAACUAGCAAAGUGACGUGGGCUAAACAUUGUAUGAUACUUCUUCUCAACUGGACGGCAUUGUGCAGUCGUUCUGUUUUCAGGAUUACCAUCGUAUUCCCCGGGGUUUCCUCUGGGGCUAAAGCAGUGAAUUAUAGAACGCGGAAGAAAGGGUUAGAAGAUCGACAAAACACAUUCUAAAGGCUUCAGUAUGCGACGGCAGCGUCCUCGGGGGUCGCAGUUGGGUCUUCUGCUGCUGGCCUCCCAGUUGUUCCAGGUGGGGCUUGACAACGUCCCCCCCGUUACUCUGGGUGUGCUUGGCCUCAACGUUUACCUCUAUUUGUUCCCCGCUGCUCCACUAAUGCAGGCAUGUGUGAGUGUACAGAAUGCCUAUUGGCACGGCGACUGGCGGCGCCUCUUCCUGUCCCCGUUCCACCACGUAGAUGAUUGGCACCUCUACUUCAACCUCACGUCCUUCCUGUGGAAGGGCAUCAACCUGGAGCGACGUAUGGGCGGAGCCUGGUUCCUCUACGUGCUGUCCGUCUUCUCUCUGCUCACGGGACUGGUCUACCUGGGGCUGGAGGCGGGGCUUACACUUCUCACAGAUGACCAUUCUUACAGUGUACAGUGUGCUGUGGGCUUCUCAGGCGUUCUGUUUGCCCUGAAGAUCCUCAGUAACCACUACCACCCAGGGGGCGUGACCCAUGUGCUGGGCCUCCGUGUGGACAACCGCUACGCCAGCUGGGUGGAGCUAGUGCUGAUUCACCUCACCAAUCCUGGGACAUCGCUGAUUGGUCAUCUGGCUGGUAUCCUAGUGGGUCUACUCUACACUGCCGGUCCUCUCAAGUCCAUCAUGAAGACAAGUGCAGCGUGGGUGACUGGGCCAAGCAGAUUCUCCCAACCAAACAACUCCUAUUCAGGCUACAGUGGCACUAGGUCAGGUGGUCCGGCGGGGGGAGAGUAUGCAGGGCGCAGGUGGGACCAGGCCGGUGGGAUGACGGAGCAGGAGCAGCUCGACCAAGCACUGAGGAACAGCCUGAACGACGCAGGACCCAGGCCGGGCGACGCAGCUCCUCCUCCAUAUGGCUUCAAUCUCUCCGAUGAGGAGGUCAGGAGGAGGAGGCUGAUGAGGUUUGACCGCUGACUGGCUUCCCGAGACCCCAUACAGUGUCCGCAGAGUCUCUACCUGUAAAGCAUAUUACAUUAAGCUUGAACCGUAACAGGUUGCCUGUGUGAGCCCGGCCUUCAUCCGGGUCGCGCUAAGCUAUUCUGAGAGGGUGGCUCUAACAGAUGCAGUGACUAACGGCGACCGCGCUCUGAGUGGAGUGGAGGCUGCUAACUGAGGGAAGUGAUUUGAAAUGAGUCGUUUGAAGAACAAGGAAGAAUUUCCCUCUAGACACACCAGAAUAAGUUUACAAUCCGUGAUUGAAACAACUGAGGCCCCCACAAACCUUGCUUUUAUAAUUCUGUGGGAAUUUCUGUCACAGAACUUGUUUGAUUUUAACCCCUUUUGUUGCCCAGGUUUUAUUUACAUUCUUAGGAACCCUGGUCAAUGUUAGAGGGGAUUUCUCUGCUGUGUUUCGAAACCAAGAGUUCAGUGAUCCUCAUAAGCAGUCAUGAUGGACAGAUUAUACUGUUUAAUGAUAGUGACACAAAUAUAAAGCAGGUACACUUGCUUUCAAUACUUAGCUGAUGGACUUUUGGAUUCUAUCAAGUUCUGCGGAUGCCAAAUACAGAUUUUUGUGUACUGGUGUACUGUCAUGUAUUUUUAUAUCAGCAAAAUGACACAAAUAUAUUGCCUAUAUGUUGUAGUUUCAUUAUUUUUCUUAUUAGAAGCUUAAGUUGGUGGUGUUUUAUGAUACUUAGUGAUAUAUUUUAUGUAUCAAUUAAAUUAUAUCUAAAGUUCCAGGUACUCGGUUACAGCGGUUCCUUUUAGGGCAGAUUCAAUUAUCCAUGGGUGAAAGGUGAAGCCUACCACACCUGGCGAGCAGGUCGCUAAUUGAUAAAUUUGCGAUCAAUUACUUUUUCUUCAAGGCAGCAAUAGGGGCUACAUUAAAUUAAAUUCAAGACAAUAUCCAUGCAUGAGCUAGACUUGUCCAAUCGUCAAGAAAACAUUGACAACCUUGUCAGAAAACAGUGGAGACGUGGUUUGAGGUUGUCAGUCUACCAACAGCAGGCACCCAAUAGAGGGAGACAGAGCUACAACGUCUGAUGUAAUAUGCCAUAAAAGCAUCCCAAAAAGAUUUAGAUUUAUGCUGAAACGGCUUAGUCAUGUGGACAUUUCAGCUACCUUUUGCCAACAUAAUGUGAUAUAUUUUGUUGCACAACAUUUCAUAGAUAAUUAUUCUGUCAAAUAUUAAUCUGAAAACAUUCAUAUUGUGUCCUUCUCAGGAGGACCCAGGCCGGGAGAAUAUAAUAUGUAGAGAAUAUAUCAAAAUAAUUCAUUGAUUCUGAUCAGCUGUCAUAAUGGACUGACUGUGCAUACUUUGUUAUAAGGAUAGUGUUACCAAUGGUGGUACACUUUCUUUCAAUAAGUGGUUGAUGGACUUUUGGACUACAGAGGUGUAAACGGUCACCUUUCAGCCAAAUUCACCAUUGUUAACUCAAAUAGAGUUCCCACUUGAUUUGUGUCGAUCUGCAAAGAAAUGUUGUUGCGGGGUGGAGUCUCAUCCAAGUUAUCAACGAGUACUAGCCAAUGAGAAGCCGAGCAGGGCGGGUCAUGACUCUCCCUCUGUCUGCUAUACUCUGUUAUAUACUGUAAGUAUAUAUAUAAGUGUCCGAGAGGCUAAACUUUCUCUCAAUGCCAAAGUCAACCGCUGCCUAGACAGAGCUCCACAAAUCCACACACACACCGCCCAGACAGAGCUCCACACACACCGCCCAGACAGACACAAUUAUAAUUUUAGAUGGUUAUUGUGGUUAUUGUGCAUUUCUUAUUUUUUAUUCAUUUGUCAUGUCACAAAUAAAAUACAUUAAUAAAUUCUAA